CCCUCUGUCCUGAGGAAAUGGGGAGAGGGUGGCGGGGAGGCGAGCUCCGGACUCCGUGUGAUUGCCGGCACCUGGCGCUGGUCUAAAAGAUGAGGCUGAAUGAGAGCCGGACAAGAACCUUCCAGGCUCCUGUCACCAUCCAUAAUUAUCCGGGCAGGCAGGUGUAUGUGUUCCCAGGUGCCAGGUCUGACUCAGAAGAGUCAGAGGAGGAGGAGGAACUCAAUGUCAUGGAACUGCGACCCAGGGGCAGGGAGCAGCAGCAGCAGCGGGGCAGCGCUUCUCGGGACAGAGUUGGAGAUGUGGUGCUGCUGGAAAGAGAGAUUACAGAGGAUGAUAAUCUUAACAAGCUAGCCCUGCAGUAUGGUUGCAAAGUUGCAGAUAUCAAACGUGUCAACAACUUCAUCCGGGAGCAGGACUUGUAUGCUCUGAAGUCCAUCAAGAUCCCCGUGAAGACCCACGGGCUGUUAACAGAGAACAGCAGAGAUCUGAGGCCGCUCCUGGCAGCGCCCUCCCAGCCCCUGACACUCGUGGAGCUGCCAGAGCCUGAGGAUGGUGCCAGCAGCUCUGCUGACCCCUCACACCUCAGUGACUACUUCAGAGGGAUUGACAAGAGCAUCCAGGAUGCCGUGCAAGUCGAGGUCAAGCUGAACACAGAAUAUUGCAUGGAAGCACCAGAGAGGCCGCUGCCCGAGUCAAGGAAGCAGAAGAGCAGUAAUGGUGCAGACUGUGGAAUCCAGUGGUGGAAUGCAGUUUUUAUUAUGCUCCUGAUAGGAAUUGUGCUGCCAGUAUUUUAUAUCAUCUAUUUUAAAACUCAAGGCCUGGUGGCUCAUACCCCCAAUACAACACUAACCUCAAAUAUUUCAACAGAGGUAUUGGAAGGGAAAUUACCACAAAGCUCAGUUGUUCAAAAAAAGUCCUAAGGGAUGGAGAGGCAACCAGACCCAGCCUCAGUUCUGGCACUGAAGCCCACAUGCCAGUGAGACUGACUCACGUGCAGUUCAGGGGGAUAAUGACAGAUUAUUUCUUUUUUUUUUUUUAGGUAGCUGAUGUUGUAAUCCUAAACUUGACUGAAAGUGAGCUGAGGUGACUUUAUGGACCAGUAAGGAUGAGUUGUUGCUUGUAAAGAUCAUUGAUCAGCCAGAUUAACAUUCAUGAACUCUGUUGAGUAUUUUGUAGCAAUUUGCUCAUUCUGGUUGCUUCAGGUAUUUCUUGAUGCCUUGUCUAAGAAGCAAAGCCUUUGCUGCUGCGAUGGAGAGUGCAGUGUUGAUGUGACUGGAAAGUUUGGGAGUUGUUUGCAUUUUAAGAAAACACUUUUUGCUUAGAGUAGAAGCAGGAACUCUUUCUCUGGACUUUCAUUUUUAGGUCUGUCAGACCAAGGCAUACUUUACUUAACCCCCAAAGGACGACUCCUGGUGUGUAAAGCUGGGGGUGCCACAGCACGAGGACACUGACAGCACCUCACAGUGUUUAAGUGGUGUUUAAUAGGCUGCUUCAAGCCCACCCCUGGGAAGAGCUCUUCUUGGUGAAAUCUUUGUGAAACUUCUGCAAGCCAGUGUCUCUGCAGGCAGAGCUCUGUGCUUCUGCCAGGGGACUGCUCCAGGGACUGAUGCCCAUGGCCAGAGUCCUACAGGAGGAUGUGAGCAUGGUGUGUACAUGUAUGCUCUUCUUGAAGGCUUGUUUUUGGGAGGAGGAGUAGCCAGUAUUACCUUUUCUUAAGAAAAUAAUAGUAAUUUAUAAUGGUGCAAACACUCAAUUUCAGCCUGGGAGUUGCCGUCCCUUGUUUGCAAGAGAGAACAUUGCUGAGUCACAGCUCAUUUGCAAGGUCCAGGAAAGAAACACUGCAUUACUUUGAGCAGUCAAGGAGAGCAAAGCCCUUACAGGAUGGGGACAGUGAAGCUGCUGCAUGUUGGACGGUUCUGUGACCUGCUGACCUUGGCAUUAUAAACUUCUGAGUGCAUAGGAAAGAGCAGAUCCUGAGGCUGGUGGAGUCCCAAGUGUCAGCAAGCCUGAGGUCUUAGGACGAGUCAGUGAACACUACAUGCUAGAGGUGAGCAGAAAAUUAGGAUUUAGAGUAUUUUGCUGCAGAAAAUUUAAUUCAUCAGAUUGAGGGACUGGUGGCAGAGGUGAUGCACUCUUAGAACCAAACACUAAGGUAUUCUGCAGCACAGGUGUGUUGGCUGGGAGUGGGGUAUCAGAUGGUGUAAGCAGUGGCUCACAGCCCCUUCCUGGGCUGCUGGCACAGAGCUUGGCUCCUCUCCCCUCGGGACAGAGCUGGUGGGCAAGAGGGUAAAGCCACUGGUUGUCCCCAGCCCCUCCUGCCCCCGGUGCUGUCCCACUGCCUGCAGAGCAGUGUGAGGGAGGGGUUCUUCCUGCAGCCAAGCUGCUGGGGAGCUGGUUGGUUUCUGGGGCUUUUUUUGUUGUGUACAGCUCCAUGAGUGAAGGCAAAGCUGGGUGAGAGCUGUGCCACAGACUCCUGGUGCACAGAUGGCCUAAGGAAGAGCAGCCUGACAGUGGCUGCAUGGGUAGGGGUGACUGAGGCUUCUCCAGCAACAGGAGGAACCUCACACCAAGUAAGCAGAACCAUGUGAUGUUAAACAAAGGUGCUUCCUGCAGCCAUCAGAAAAAAUAUGCUCAGUAAAGCCUGAGGGAACCCCAUUUUGUAGCUGAGGCCUCCAAAGUAUCCUAUACUGAAAAAAAGCAAAAACAACCUUGUACUUUUCUUCUGUGAAGGAAAUGUGUCUCUCUUUGUUCUGGGGGGGGAUAUUAUUACAUUUUUAAAUAAAGCCACAUGCAAUAAAAGCACAAGGGGCACCACCCACCCCAGAUGACUUGUGGGGGAUUUUUGUCACUGUAACUAAGCCAAUACUGAUGCCACUGUCAUCAACCAGAGCUGGACCUUGCUGCACCUCUACCUGACACUUGUACUAACUCAGAAGGUUCUUACAGAGCAUCAGUUCUUCAUUUCAGUGGAAUAACAAGUACAUCUAUUCCCCAGGAAUCAAUAGGGGUUGGUUAAAAGAAUCUCUGAUGCAGUUUAAAAAAACCAAAACAAACAAAACCCCACAAAACAAAACCACAAUUUCAAGACUGAACCUGAAGAGUAUUUCUGACAGGACCCAACAGGAGCAUGCUCUGCAAACACGAGAGAGGCAGGAGUACACAGUAAAAGCCAGUAUCUUUACUUUAGUGAAUGCAGGAUACAAAUAUUUUACAACAACCUCUAGCAUUUUCUUAACCAUUUGAUAAAAAGUUCACUAGAAUAUUUAUUGUAUAUUGAAGAAAAAACAA